AUGUCAACUGCUGAGACUAAUCAACUUCAAGAGUCUUUGGAGAAAUUGAACAUCGACUCAUCCUCCACUGGUCCUGCUGAAAACAAACAAGCACCAUCAGAUCCAGCUGCUGGUUCUGGUGCUGGUUCUGCCGCUGAACCUUCUUCUGAAGAACAAGGUGAGUUAGGUGGUGUUGCCGAAAACUCAGCUUCUUUGUAUGUUGGAGAAUUAAACCCAUCAGUCAAUGAAGCAACUCUUUUUGAAAUUUUUUCACCUAUUGGUCAAGUUUCUUCAAUUAGAGUUUGUCGUGAUGCUGUUACCAAAAAAUCCUUGGGUUAUGCUUAUGUCAAUUACCACAAGUUUGAAGAUGGUGAAAAGGCUAUUGAUGAGUUGAACUAUAGUCUCGUUGAAGGCAGACCAUGUCGUAUUAUGUGGUCUCAAAGAGACCCAUCAGCAAGAAGAUCCGGAGAUGGAAACAUCUUUAUCAAAAACUUGCACCCUGCUAUUGAUAACAAAGCCUUACACGAUACUUUUUCAGCAUUUGGUAGAAUUUUGUCAUGUAAGGUUGCUACUGAUGAUAUGGGACAAUCUAAAUGUUUUGGUUUUGUUCAUUAUGAAACUGGUGAAGCUGCUGAAGCUGCCAUCGAAAAUGUCAAUGGUAUGUUGUUAAAUGAUCGUGAGGUUUUCGUUGGUAAACAUGUCUCAAAGAAGGACCGUGAAUCCAAGUUUGAAGAAAUGAAGGCAAACUAUACAAACAUUUAUGUCAAAAACAUUGAUUUGGGAUUCACUGAAAAAGAGUUUGAAGAAUUAUUUGCUCCAUAUGGUAAGAUUACUUCCAUUUACUUGGAAAAGGAUCAAGAUGGAAAGUCAAAAGGUUUUGGUUUUGUCAAUUAUGAAGAACACAAAUCCGCUGUUGAUGCAGUUGAAGCCUUGAACGAUAAGGAAAUCAAUGGUCAAAAGAUUUACGUUGGUAGAGCUCAAAAGAAGAGAGAAAGAACUGAAGAAUUAAAGAAACAAUACGAAGCCAUUAGAUUGGAAAAAUUGUCUAAAUAUCAAGGAGUCAAUUUGUUCAUCAAAAACUUGGAUGAUCAAAUCGAUUCUGAAAAAUUGGAAGAAGAGUUUAAGCCAUUUGGUACUAUUACCUCUGCCAAGGUUAUGGUUGAUGAUGCCGGUAAAUCCAAAGGAUUUGGUUUUGUUUGUUUCAGCACUCCAGAAGAGGCCACCAAGGCCAUCACCGAGAUGAACCAAAGAAUGAUUAAUGGUAAACCAUUAUAUGUCGCUUUAGCUCAACGUAAGGAUGUUAGACGUUCUCAAUUGGAACAACAGAUUCAAGCAAGAAACCAAAUGAGAAUGCAAAAUGCUGCUGCUGCAGGUGGAUUCCCUGGUCAAUUUAUGCCUCCAAUGUACUAUGGUCAACAAGGAUUCUUCCCACCGGGUGGUAGAGGCAAUGCUGCUCCAUUCCCUGGACCAAACCCACAAAUGAUGAUGAGAAGAGGACAACCUGGCCAACCAUUCCCUGAACAAUGGCCAAGACCAGGUCCAAAUGGACAACCAGUGCCAGUCUAUGGUAUCCCACCACAAUUCCAAGAUCAAAGAGCUCAACAACAGCAACAACAACAACAACAGCCACAACAACCACAACAGCAGCAACAAAGAGGUUACUACCCAGGACAAGCUGGUGUCAAGGUUCCAGCUAAAGAAUUGGCUGCUAUCAUCUCUAGCGUUCCACCAGAACAACAAAAGAGGAUUUUGGGUGAAGAAUUGUACCCAAGAAUUGUUGCUACUGGAAAAGCUCAAGAGCCUGAAGCUGCUGGUAAGAUUACUGGUAUGAUGUUGGGAUUGGAAAACCAAGAAAUUUUGGAUUUGUUGGACGACGAUGAAUUGUUUAACAACCACUUUGAAGACGCUUUAACUGCUUACGAAGAGUAUAAGAAAUCCGAAGCAGAAGCUGCUGCUGGUAGUGAGGAAGCUUAA